UGCGUGACGUGGGUUGGAACAUACGAAGGGGUGAGAGCCGGGUGGAGUUUGGCGAUGGCGUGUCCGGAGGAAAUAGGAGCUGAUGUGUGGCUUGCUACCGUUCAAGCGAGCGGUGCGUGUGUACGUCAGGUGGUGGCGAAGCUGCGAUCGGCUGCUCUUGAGAAGACGGUACCGCCGAUCUCAUGGAUCCAAAGCAUGAGGGAGUGCUUGAUGGAGGUCACUUGGGGGUUGGAGGAGGGGCUGGCCCCCCACUUGGACGCGACAACAAGCUGCCUGCGAUUGGUUGAUUUGAUGAGGCGCUACUAUGACGAGCUUGAGGAGGGGCAAGUUCUUUGCGAUGUGAUGGAGGAACGCUGCCAUGACAACGACGAUCUCACCCAUAUCGCCGCCGUUCACAAUAACAACAACAACAACGAUAACAGUAACGAAAAGAAUAACAAUGACGACGACAACAAUGAUUCGGGAGAUUGCAACAGCGACAUCGAUUCCCUUGAAGACGGCGACGACGUUCGUAUCGAGGCUUUUACCAGCGGGGGCAACAAUGACGAGAACAUUACCGACGACGACGAUAACGAGAACAACAGCAACGACGACAAUAACAACAACAACAACAACACCAACGACGAGGAUGACGAGAACAUCAGCGACGACGACAAUAACAACAACAACAACGACGACGACACCACCACCACCAACAACAACAACAGAAGCACCGACGACUUUCACGAGGCCGAGUUUGUUGAUGAUGAGGACGACAAUCACAUCAGCCGGAUCCGGGUGCAGCGGGCUCCUCCCGCGAGUCUGCUCAUAUCUGGAGGAGGGAGCCUUCUGGGGAGGGGAUCGUACGGGGCAUGGCGAUAUGGGAUCCGGGUGGGGGGGUGGUACGGUAGUAUAGAGGCCGUGGGGAGGCCCUUCAUUUGCCCUCCCGUGCUAUCUGGAGGAGGGCGCCUUGAUUGGCAUGUGCGGAACCCCGCCCGCAUGACUGUGACCCUGUGUAUUGUGACCCUCUUUUGUCCGGCUUUCGCUAUGACUGACUUUCUGAAUUCCCUGGUUUCCUGUUCUGAAUACCCCUCCUUCUCACAACGUUGCAAGGGUUUGUUAUCAGGGUGCGGAUAUGAUUUUGAUUGAAUUUCUGAACGUGUUUUUGUGUGUGCGUGACUGUUGGUUUAGUUGACCGUUCAGUUUAGCAAUACGAGGGUGGUAGGUUAAUAUGAGUUCAUGUUCCUGCUCCCCCUGCUGCUGAUUGCCUCUCCUCCUCAUGGUACGAUAGGGAUGCAUAGGAUGGACGAUGAGGAACUCAGAGUAUGGGGAUGAUAUCGGAUAUAAUUUUGAGAUGUGAUGGGCAGUCAAUCCCCUCAGUUGAGGGCAAUCAAUGCUGCUCAUCAGU